UUUGGCUGAUUAGAAAGCUGACUUUGUGGAGAUUCAAAGGACAAGUCACUCGCUACACCCGAUCUGUUCCUCUUGUUACACGUCGUUGGUAGGAGCUUUUGGCCGUCGAAUUUGACUAGCGCACAACCCCUUGUUCACAACGCCGUUAUCCCCAGUGCCUUCAGCCUUAUCGACUGGCAGCAGCCAACUCUAUUCCAUUACUGUCAAGACUCGACCGUGCCUUCGACAUCCCACCACGCCCGCACAUCCUCGCAACAUGUCGUGGAAGCUCACAAAGAAACUCAAGGAGACGCAUCUGGCGCCCUUGGCCAACACCUUUAGCCGUUCGUCUUCCACCUCGACCAUCACGCCCGAACCUGCACCCAAGCCGCCAAACAGCCCUCUGCACUCGUCCACAAACGUCAACGACCCCAAUGGCAUCGCCGCUUCCGAAGCCAAUUCCUCGCCUCCUGCCCCACCUCUCAAGCCUGGUAUCUUGAUCCUCACCUUCCACGAAGGCCGUGGCUUUUCUCUGCCUGCCGGUGCCGAACAGAUCUUCCAGCCUCGCCACGGCGCCUCUCUGUCCAGCGGCAGUGGCUUCUCCGUUGCCGGUGCACGUCCUGGCUCCGUAGGUGGCUCAGGCUACGGCUCGUAUGCUGGUGGCCGCCCUCAAUCCUCUCAAGGAGGUAUCAACGCCGCCCCCUCGGUCCACGGUCGCUACUCGUCCAAGUACCUACCCUACGCCCUCGUCGAUUUCGACAAGCAACAAGUCUUUGUCAACUCGGUUUCGGGCACACCAGAGAAGCCCGUCUGGGCUGGCGAAAACACUCAGUACAAGUUCGAUGUGUCUCGCGUUUGUGAACUCAACCUCUCCAUUUACAUCAGGAAUCCCAACGCUCCUCCUAACGCCGGUAGAAACGACGACAUCUUCUUGGGAACUUGCAGAAUUAACCCUCGCUUCGAAGAAGUACACCCCUACGCCGAAGACCCCAAGUUGGGCAGAAAGGAUAGAGAAAAGGCCGCUUUCGCUCAUGCUGAAAAGGCAAAGACUCAAGGUCAAUCUGGUACUGAGUGGGUCGACCUCCAAUACGGAACUGGUUCAAUCAAAUGCGGCGUCAAGUUUGUCGAGAACCGACAAAGGUCGCUCAAGAUUGAAGACUUCGAACUGCUCAAGGUGGUUGGAAAGGGCAGUUUUGGAAAAGUCAUGCAGGUGCAGAAGCGCGACACUCGCCGUAUCUACGCCCUCAAGACGAUCCGAAAAGCACACAUCAUCUCACGUUCAGAGGUCGCCCACACGCUUGCAGAACGCUCGGUGUUGGCCCAGAUCAACAACCCUUUCAUUGUUCCCAUGAAGUUCUCCUUCCAGUCUCCAGAGAAGCUCUAUAUCGUAUUGGCCUUUGUCAAUGGAGGCGAGCUAUUCCAUCACCUACAAAAAGAGCAACGCUUCGACAUCAACCGAUCCCGCUUCUACGCAGCCGAACUCUUGUGUGCUCUUGAGUGCCUACACGGCUUCAACGUCAUCUACAGAGACUUGAAGCCCGAGAACAUCUUGCUCGAUUACACUGGCCAUAUUGCUCUGUGCGAUUUUGGUCUAUGCAAACUCGACAUGAAGGACGAAGACAAGACAAACACGUUCUGUGGAACACCAGAGUAUCUCGCACCCGAACUGCUUCACGGCACUGGUUACACCAAGACCGUCGACUGGUGGACACUUGGCGUACUUCUCUACGAGAUGCUUACAGGUCUGCCACCAUUCUACGAUGAGAACACGAACGACAUGUACCGUAAGAUUCUGGCAGAGCCUCUACACUUCCCCGGACCGGAGAUUGUACCCCCUGCUGCACGCGAUCUCUUGCAAAAGCUGCUCGACAGAGACCCGACCAAGAGACUGGGUGUCAACGGCGCGGCAGAGAUCAAGGCACACCCCUUCUUCCACAGCAUUGACUGGAGAAAGCUUCUGGACCGCAAGUACGAGCCCAGCUUCAAGCCUAAUGUGCUUGACGAUAGAGACACUGCCAACUUCGAUCGCGAAUUCACAUCAGAAGCACCUACAGAUUCUUACGUCGAGGGACCGGUACUUUCAUCAACGAUGCAACAACAAUUCGCAGGAUGGUCAUACAACCGCCCGGUCGAAGGCUUGGGUGAUGCAGGCGGUAGCAUCAAGGAUCCAUCCUUCAUGACUCAUUGAUGGCAUUUACAUUAGAGGAGUGUGCUGGUCGUGUACAUUUGCUGAUCGAGCAGCGGGACUGCUUGAGAGAGCAGCAGAAAAGCAGCAACAAAGAUGACGGCAACCUGGCUAGGUAGAUUUUGGACUGGACGAUAUGGGUCCCUUCGCGUAACAACAGUAUCUGAAACAGCAGUCACACACGAACGAUUCACGCGUAGAUAUCUCACAGCAGCGCAGAGACAAAUGCCAGAAGCCGAUUCCGUGAUCAAGCGGCAUGCCACAUUUGCUUGGGCCGAAGAACGGCAGCUGAGAAGCUCGAGGGGUGGCUUGUGCGCGCCCCGCCCGCGCAAACGCAUCGUCAUAAUCAACUGUGUUUAUCCGGAGCUCGUCGGCCUCAUCGGCCUCUG